AUGUUCGCCCACACGGCAGUCACUCUCUUGCUAUCUCUUACAGCCGCAGGAAGCGCGCAUGGUCACUCUACCCAAGGAUAUUCGCAUGCUAUCCGCCAAGACCCACACGCUAUCCCACCUCUCGCGGAGAUUACUGCAGGAAUGCCCAUCGAACCUGCUGUACCACUCUCAGCGACUCCCACAGCUGGCUCGCCUGCCGUAAUUUCUGGCGCUCCCAAUCUCCCUCCGAUUCCCGACAUGUCGUCGUAUCCUCCAGGUGGACAAAUGAUUCCGACCGAUUCUCCCGAAGUCAAGGAAUGGCUGGCCGAGAUCGCCGCCUCGGGUGUCGUCAUUCCCAAUACCACGCCCUACAAGCCUCUUCCGGACGAUGCUGUAGGACAAACACUCUGCUCUCUCAACCCAGAGGCCACCACUGCCGGAGGAGCCGAUGGGACCUGCUGGUGGAGUUGUUCGAGCUGCACUCGCGACACGGAUGUUGUCACUUGCCCCGAUAAACUGGCCUGGGGGUUGACUUUUGACGAUGGUCCUUCGCCUUACACUCCCAAGGUUCUGAACUACCUCGCAGAAAAGAACCUCAAGGCCAGCUUCUAUGUUAUCGGCGCUAACGUCGUGAACCACCCGGAAAUCCUACAAGCGACCUAUCUUGCAGGACACGAGAUUGCUAGCCAUACCUGGACCCAUCCCCAACUUACUACGCUUACCAACGAACAAAUCGUUGCCGAGCUCGGCUGGACUCGCAAGGUUAUCCAGGCUGUUCUCGGAGUUACUCCACGAUACUUCCGUCCUCCUUAUGGCGAUUGCGACGAUCGUGUGCGCGCUAUUGCCAAGGGACUCGGCAUGACUCCCGUCAUCUGGACCCAAGGAUUCGAUACUGAUGACUGGUCGGUCAACUCGGGAGGCGUGGCCACUGAGCUCAUGAACGGGUACAGCAAGAUGCUCGAGACCCUGCCUACGCUCAACAAUGGAGUGAUCAGUCUUCAACACGACUGGUACCAAGCCACCGUCGAUCUUGCUGUCGGACACUUUUUGCCUGCUGCCUUGUCGCACAACCCGGCCCCCAACUUCCAGUCUGUCAUUGAGUGCCAGCACCAACCCCUGGGCAUGUCAUACGUCGAGACUAGCGGAUCAGGUACCCCAGCCGGCCCGGCUAAUAACGCCACCACAACUCCGGCACCCUCUGCUCCUGCUAGUAGUACUACUGUAGCAUCGGGUCCUACUACCGGCGCCAGCAAGCCCACCACGACCGGAACCCCAUCGAGCACCGCUUCUGGGACUUCGGUUAAUAGUACAUCAGCCAAUGGUGCCGUGACGACGCGUGGUGCCAUGUCCAGAUUAUUUGCCGUCGCCAUAGCUGUUGUGGUAGGUGUCUUGGCUUAA